UGGAUGAAUGAUGAAAAUGUAGUGGGAUGGUACAGAUUUAAGAGUUCCGGUGGAUGGAAGAUUCCGGAGACUGUCGUUCCAGUGAAUCACUGCUCCGGGAAGUACCCAGGCUGGUUAGACGGUCCCCAUCCCAAUGUGGGAGACGGGGAAGUGCUCAGGAAAGUCUGUUUCAAUGAUGAUGAAAAUCGCUGUAAUGUAUAUCAGAGGAUCUGGGUGAAGAACUGCAUCGGUUACUUUGUGUAUCUGCUGUGGCCAGCAACAUACACCUACGGGGUGUAUUGUACAGAUCCAGGUUGGCAGCAGUGA